AACGCACGUAGUUGACAUGUAACAACUUCCGUCAACAUGGCGGAUACUAUCAAGAAGAAUUUGCCUUUCCUAAAAGAACAAGUUACAAUGACUAUAGGAAACAGCAGUGUGGUUGUCAAGGGUGUAACUGUUGCUGUGACACUGGGAUACUUUUUGUCAUUUGCCUCUUCAGCUAUACCUUACCUAGCCGUAACACCAGGUUAUGUCAUGCCUCCAAAUUUUCGAUUUUGGACUUUCAUUACUCAUCCAUUUAUCGAAAUGCACGUAUGGGAUGUUCUCAUUGAUGUUUCAGUUUUAGUCUUAUGUGGUAAACUCUUGGAACCGUUAUGGGGUGCAUUAGAUAUGUUAAUAUUCUUUGUCAUAAUUAAUACAGGAGUUGCCAUAGGAACUGCGUUUGUUUAUAUUGCAUUUUAUUUAGUAACAAAAAAUGAAGAAUAUUUAUUUGAAACAUACAUCUAUGGACUUGCAGGCUAUAUUGCUGGAUUUUCAGUGGCAGUUAAACAAGCUAUGCCUGAUCAUGUAUUAGCAACAUCGCCGUUUGGAAAACUCCGAAACACUCAUAUUCCUUUGUUAUUGCUAUUUGUAAGCAUUACCUUGAGGCUGAUUGGUCUACUAGAAGGACCAUAUCCAUUUAUGUUUGGAUUUGGAAUUUUAGUUAGUUGGAUAUACCUUAGAUUUUACCAAAAGCACAGCAAUGGGAAUCGUGGUGACAUGGCAGAUAAUUUUGGAUUUUCAAGCUUUUUUCCUAGCCAACUUCAACCUUUAGUCUCAAUACUGGCAAACACUGUGUUCUUUGCCUUGGUGAAGAUAAAAGUGUGUAAGAAGCCCCAGAGGAAGUACGAUGUUAGUUCUCCAUCAACUAUCACUAUAACUUUACCUGGUACAGACCCUCUAGAUGCUGAAAGAAGGAGACAAGUUGCUUUGAAAGCCCUGAAUGAGAGGCUAGUUAAGGCUGAAGGUCAGUCAAACUGGCCUUCUUUAAUAGAUGAAGAGGAAAAAAGUGAAAGCAAAGGAAACAUAGAAGAGAAAAAAGAAGAAGUAAAACUUCCUAUUCCUGAUUUUAAAGAAAAUAGUACUGAGGGUUGAGAAUUAAAAUAUGUAAUAUAAAAGAUGUGGCUUAAGUAACCAAAUUACUUACAAGUGUCAGAACUGUGAUUCUUCUGGGCUUAUUAUUGGGGUGUGUAUAUUUAUGAAAAGAACAAGUAGAGAGAUUACCUAACACCAUUUAAUUGUAAAGAUAAUGAUACUGAUCGAAAGGAAAGCUAUAAUUCCAAUAGCUUGUAUAUUCCAAUCAUGCAUGUUAAGAUAACAAAUGUAUAUGCUAUGAAAGCUGAUGUUUUUCCUGCAUUCUAAUGUAAGUUGUCUUCUCUGAAGUCUUUUGGAAUAUUUAUGCUCAACCUAUUAUCAUUCCAAUGAAACCUAAAUUAUUGUAAAACUCAGAGUCUGUUCAAGAAAAAAUAAAGAGUGUAAGAAUAAUUUUGUACUGUUUUGUAAUGCUUAAUUUUAUGUUGAAUGACGUUGGUUCUAAUUGACUUUACUUGUUUAAAACUGUUGUGAGGUGCUGCCAUUGGAAUUUCUCAAUAUUUUCAUAUAUUAUCUCAUUAUAACUAGCUAUAGAUUUCUGCAUCAAAUAAUUCACAAAAUUUUUUUUUAAUUAACAAAAUGAUUUGCAUUUAUGGUAUAUAGAUAUAUACUUGGGAAUAUUUUAUACAAAUAUAAUUAUCAAUCUGUAAUAAGAAUAAAUAUUGUAUUUGAACUUUGUUAGUACAAGCAUAUAUUCUGUCAUACAGUACUUGUUUAUACCCCUUACUUCAUGCAUCAAAAGCUGGAUGAUAAUUCUUACAAGUUUGUGAGUAAAAGUCACAGCAAUCAUGUAUUUCUUAUUUUUUUUUAAUUGUCAUGUAAAAGUCAUCUAUUGGCCAGGUAUAAACAUAUGUAGUAAAAGAAUAAAGUCUUAUGAAUAUUUAUCAUUUUAAAAAAAUGCAUACAGUUGAUAUAUGUUUACCUAUUUUAUUCAUGAAUUGGGUUUGGAUUUUGUUGGUAAAUUUUAAUGAGGGAUUUUUGUAUCUAAAUGUAAACUUGAUUCUUAUGUAUUAAAUAUGUUUCUC